GCAACCACCGUCCUGACCUACCAACAGUCUUCAAAGACUUGACCACCUUCAAACGCUUCUCACACUCUCUCCCGCCGGCGAAACGAAUGUCCUGAAGAUCCUCACGUCGCGACAAUGGCAUCAACUGACACUACCAACAUCGAUCUCAGAUCCAGCUUCGGAGUGAGCGAGUACACAUUUGCCGAUGUUGAAAAUUUGGAUCAUUGUACGAAGUACUUGAACCAGACUCUAGUCACAUUUGGAUUUCCAGCUUCGCUUGAUCUGUUUGCAACUGAUCCGGUUUCAAUUGCAAGGACUUGCAAUUGUAUGUACUCACUGUUGCAACAGAGGCAACGUGACAUUGAAUUCCGGGAAUCUACUAAUGAUCAGAGGCAAAGACUUUCAUCGGACAUAUCCAGACUAGAGGCCAAAGUAGAGAGAUUGGAGUCACAGUUGUCUGCCAAAGAUAGAGAAAUCGCAACUAUUACCCGGACGGAAGCUAAAGCGAAAGCAGGUCUCAAGGCCCAAAUUGAGAAGCUGCAGCAGGAAAGAGAUGAAUUUCAAAGGAUGGUUAUAGGAAAUCAGCAAGUCAGAACUCAACAGAUACACGAGAUGAAGAAAAAAGAAAAAGAGUACAUUAAGUUGCAGGAGCGACUAAAUCAAGUUAUGGUGGAGAAAAAGAAGGAAUCUAGAUCAGGCAUGGAGAUAAUGAAUUUACUUCAGAAAGAAGGGCGACAACGUGGGACAUGGAAUGGGAAGAAGGCUGACAAUGAUUUCUAUAAAAAGAUUGUGGAUGCUUAUGAGGCAAAAAAUCAAGAAUUGGUUGCAGAGAAUGCUGAUUUGAGGGCAUUGUUACGAUCAAUGCAGGUGGAUAUGCGUGAAUUUUUGAAUGCUUCAAAUGGUUCGUCCAAAAACCCUUCCCCUGUUAAUGAAAGGAUGGAUGCCGACCCAUCACAGUCCCCAUUGGGUGGGAGGACGGAUGUCUUUGAUCUACCAUUUCAUAUGGGUAGAGAUCAAAUAGAAGCAUUUCUUCGAAACAAGGUGGCUUCAAUAAAGGAGCGCAUGGGUCAGCUACAAGAUGCACAAAAAGAAGCUGAAGUCACUUCUGAAGCAACUGAGAGAGAGCUUGAGUUAGAAGCUCAACUUGUUGAAGCAAGAAGCAUAAUUCAAGAGCAGGCUUCUAUCAUGUCUAAGCACCUUGCCAAGUCUGAGAAACCAAGGAGGUUGAGUGGCCAUUUAAAUUCUGAAAGGGACUCUAUCAUAUCAUCAGCUGCUGAGGGUGUAUGAUUCGCUUGAUGCCUACCAUGAACGCGUUGUGAAAACUUCGAGGUCGGUUUCACUUAUUUCACUAGCAUAGCAAUCGUACCUUUCUUUAUUCAUGUCAUCAGCCUCUUUGACAUUUUUAUCAUCAUAUUCAUGCAGCUAGUAGUAGAUAUGUUUUAAAUAUGGAUUCUGUCUUGAGUUGAUAAAGUAGAGAGGUAAUUCAGAAGAUCCUUCAAUUGGUUAUGCAGGAAUGUAAUAUCUCAAAUCCUAAUUAAAACCAGGCUUAACUGGAUAAGCACUUACUUGGUUU